AUGGCCGUUGUGAUGUUUGUGGUGGUGGAGUUCAUUUGGUCGGUCAAAAACGUGUCGGAACUUACUGGUCGGAAUUCGUCGAGCAGACGAGCGGUGCCAUCGCUGUUCGGCCCGUUGCUGCACGUUGUUGCUGUUGUUGGCUGCUGCACAGAGCCGGGAGACGCUGCUGUACGAACGUUGCUGCUCCGCCGUCGCUCCCUUUCCUCUUUCGACCACCAUCACUCAUCUCUCUAUCAAUUCGUUUUGUUCCAUCACUGUAAACUCUGCAACUCACGGUCCAGAUCGGUCGUCGUCGGCUACUGCCCGUUGGUCAGCCUGUUCGCCGCCGACGUCGCCGCUGCUGACUCCGAUUCGUCACCCGUGUCCACCACAGACGCUCGGCGCUGCUGCGUCGUCGCUGCUGUGCAGUCGAAGGUCUUGCAGUGUCGCCGUCAUCACCGAGCAGCCGCUGCUGGGGUCGCUCUUUGUCACCGCCUUCCAGCCGUGAGUCCAUCGCUGUCACGAUCAGCCCUUGCUGCACAUUGUUGCUGCUGCUCAGAGCCGGGAGACGCUGCUGUCGCGCGUCCAGAUUCUCCAUAUCGCGUCGGUGCUCACGCCGGCGCCUCUGCUUGUCGGUUAGCUGCUGCUAGACGUCGACAGUUGCUGUGCAGAAGGUUUGCCGUCGAUCCGUCGGGUUCGUUCAGCGUCAUCGCUGCCGGGAGAUGCCGUUGUAGCCGCUGCUCCGUCGCCGCUGGGAGACGCUAUCGCUCGCCUAUCCUCCGUCGCACGCCGCGUGGGGUCACCGCUGUCCGUAAGCAAAAUUCGCUGUUGCUCUCGACUCCGAGACCUCGCUGUGCCAUUGCUGUCGGCGUACCCCUCUCAAAAGGAUUGAAAUCCUCCUCUCAUCAACCGCUGCCUCACUCUUUUCUCCCCUCACCUCUCGGUUUUCUUCUCUCCAAAUUGGAUGUGUGAAACGUGAAAUAUGUGGAGUUGGAAACUGAUGUGGGAGGAAUAUAUAUUGUUUAGAAUUAGUGGGGAAAUCUCUAAAAGCAAAGUCAUGAAUGGCCGUUGUGAUGUUUGUGGUGGUGGAGGUAGUGGAAUAGAGUAUAUAAUUUCUUGUUGAGAUAAUGGAAUAGAUAGUGGGAUUUAAAAGUGUAGUGGAAUAAAAGAAAAAUCUUUGGGCUUCUCCAAAAUUGGCUCAAACAGAAAGAAAUAAAAUGUGUUUUGGGCUCAACACAAUUGGGUUUUAAAUUGGGUUAGAAAAAUAAAUGUUUGGCCCAAAAGGUAAAAUUCUUCUCCCGAAAAAAAUAUAACAAGGUCGUAAAAUUUUCAAGUGUACAAACGACGGUCCUUUCAAGAACACAAUAAAAAGAGUAGAAAAAGUCGGGGUGUUACAAUCUACCCACCUUAACAAAAAUUUCGUCCCGAAAUUUGCUUACGUCCUUCGAAUGGUUCGCACCUAGCUUGCUCCAAAGUUUCACGCAAUUCCAAGAAAAAGUUUCAUGGUCCACCGGCCUCCAUUCGCACUCUCGAUCUCCUUGUCUCGUCGUGCCUCGAUCAAUUUAGGGGUUCACCCCAAACUUUCAGAUUCUCGUUCGUUUCAUUGCUCGGGAAAGCAAUGGUAAAGUUUUCAACUAUUAUUUGCGCGGUCAACUAGGCCUACGCCUUAGGCACUCUAAGGUCGCAACACAUUUCAUUAUCUCAUACAUCAACAACUAUCACAUUUAACGAAAUUUCUACCUCAAGACAACAAUUAUGGCACACAACAUUUUCACAUCCUUAAGCAAAACACUUUCACACUUCACAUUGACAUUCAAAACUUUUGAAAUAAAUUUUCUUCAACUCUCACACUUCCCUCAAAAUUUUCACAUCUCACUUUCAACUUUAAGUAAAAGUUUUGACUCAAAACUCAAAACAUACUUGAACAUCCACUUUCAUCUUUCAUGUAAAACAAAC